AUGAGGAGCGGACUCCGCUGUAUAUUUCCGAAUAUAGUCCGUAUACCGGCUGAAUGUGCCGAUAAGUCCAUAUUCAAAGCCAGCUUGCAGCAACCGACGGCCGACCUAUUGAGGCAGGUUGCCGACUCGCAGAUACACUACCUAUCUCCCUUCGACUCUGCGGCAAUACUCGACAGGAUUGUGGAAAAGUCGGAUCAUAAAGGCAUAUCGGAGAUACGAAGAAGUCCUUUCUACCGUCCGGUUGUUUCAAAAAUCACUUCGAGCGUGCAGAGGUACCGGACGGAACUUCUAUACUACUUCCUCGUCAAAUUCUACAAGUUACACGACGUCAGCGCCAUCAAGAGCAUCACUCGCACAUUUGUGGAGUCGCAGGCUGUGAAGACACAGAACGUGAACCAACUUGUCGAAUUGCUCUACUACGCGGCACACCAUAUACCGAAGGAGCUGCAGUCGGCGCAAGUGGAGAAGGAAAGCAAGCAAGAAGCGGACGAUCGAUUGGAAUCCUCUGAACCACACCUGUCUGUAUUCUGUGAAUCCAUACAGCAACUGCAAAGAGAAAUCAUCCCGAAGGUGGCACAAGUCCAUGAUGGGACACUGAUAUACAAGCUUGUCACGACUAUCACCAGGUUGCCGGAAACACAGCAUACACGUACUUUGACAGGGGCAUUGCUGGAUAAGGUAAAACUCCAAAUUGAAAAAGGUACCUGGAAUCAUCAGCAACUAGUCAAGGUAGUGAAGUCUAUACUGCAGCUAUGGCCAUUUGAUCGUGAUAUUCUCCAGAAGGUCAUACGCGCCCUGGAGAUCAACGAGGACAAUCUCAGUGCAUCUGACAUACGUACCACACUUCAAUUGUUAGACGACAUAGGUGCUCAGGUAGGGUCGAUCUGGCACAAUUUCAAAGGACGCAGCGAACCGUACAAAAUGGAGCCGCCUAAGACGACAAUAAUACCGACCGAGAUGGUCUUAUCGCUCUCGAAAACGCAUCCCCUCUUCCAAAACGACAAGGUUAUUUUGAGCGAGGAGGCUGCCGCACUCAUUGCCAGUACCGUCGAAUUCAGACUCAAGGAAAUCAUACAGAUGGCGCAGCGAUUCAUGAGCAAGAGUUGCAGAUACAUCAACAAACAUCCGACGCUUAUGCCGACCGAUGUUAGGGAUGCGCUCAGAACCCUUCGGAUGGAAAACCUACACGGUUACACAAACUGCUACGACUAUCGCUAUGUCACAUCUUCGAAGCUGUACAAGGGUAACAGGGUGGUAAAGCGGGAGUCAACGAUGAAGAGUGCCGUGGAUGAGCGAUGCUGGGGAAGACAGAGGCUUAGCGAAAUCAUAUCAACCGACAUGCAAAAGGCCAUACCGGCGCAGCCCGGCCUAACGGUACAUUGGAUGAUUGUUAACGGCAUUGUACCGGCCCUGGCGAACAACAUGGCUCAAUGCGUAACUAACGAGUUCAACCAGGAGGCCAGGCGGCAAAUGUUGCAGCUGUCGCUUGACCAUGUAAAUUUUCUAGAGUCGACGGACGCAAGCAAACAGCUGGCUGAUGUCGAAAAGCUGGCUUCCAAGAUCAAAGUACCCACUCUCCGGUUGGCGUCUCGGGCCCGCGAUACAGUUGAUGUGGCAAUUGUCGAGUCACUCCAACGACACCUUGGGAACUCCGUCGAAGGGACCGUCGACAGGAGCACAGAUGACAAGGCAAUAAAACUCCCCGUCAUUACAAUACCGAAGGUAGAGCACAUCCUAACGAAGGAACAAAAGUUCUUCCUCAAGGAAAUCAAAAGCAUCGUCAAAAAGGCAUCAAACACAAUGGAUCACCAUAUUCAACUCCAGUUACGCAAGGUCCUCUCUAUACUGAGAAACUCCCCAGCACUAGAUCACAUCUUGCCAGAUCUCGCCCUAUUCUUCGUAUCAGAACUGGAGCGAGAUAACGAAAGUAUAGAGGCGGUGCUGAUGUUCGCCGAAGCAAUCGCAGCAAACAGCAAGAUACAGAUACAUUUUCACGUGCAUCAGUUGGUCGUGCCGCUUCUUACUGUCCUUUUGAAACAGGACGAAGAGCGCGACCUACAAACAGUACAUCGCAACCUGUGCGUCAGAAGACUGGCUGCAAAGGCUCUAGGCAAUGUUUCCACCAACCUUAGGGACACCAAAACAGGUCUGGAGGGAAUCGACAACUACCUCAUGAACAUAUACAAGCGCGCCGUCCUCGACUCGAAUUGCACGCUUCCCGUUCUUUACGGCGCUUUCUGCGGAAUAUCGCAACUGCCGCUCGCAGCCAAGCGAAUUGUGUUCUUUCCCAUAGUGCCCCUGAUCAUGCCGGUGCUUUACAAGAAACACCUCAGGGCGCACGACAAAUACGCCAAGACGGGAUCUAAAGUUGAAGAAUUCGCCUUCAUCACGUGCCAAGAGAUCGUGCACCUCUCUAUGAUAAUGCUCUACGAGGCCUGCUUCGAGGAUAUACUGGAGUGCAUUCAUGACACGGGGGUCUUCGCCGUAUCGCACGAGGCGCAAAUCAUGAUCCGGGACACGCUAAAGGGGUGCGCAGAAGACACCGUCAAUCCCGAAAUCUUCUUGCCUAUAUAUUGCGCAAUCCUCACCCGGUGCGCCGAGAUACUCACCCCAAAGAGGGAAAUAGAUUCUGAGGAGGCGACUAAUUCCAGGUUGCCUGAAAUUGAGAACGCAGAAUGGUACUACUCGAUGUAUCUGAAAGAAACGCAUCCCGGGAGCCAAAUUACACCAGUGCAACCAACAAGGCGAACGAGAAAAAAAACGCACAAAGCUGCAAAACAACCGCCACUGCCCUGGUACAUAGCGCAACCAACACACUCGCUAACGCUUAGCAUUUGA